AUGUAUUUGGAGAACAAAAGCAACCUGGAGAUUGAAAUGUCUCAGACGACCGCCCAAGGCCAUCAGGGCAUGAGCAGCCUGAGGUCCCCGCAGGCCGUCGCAGAGAACUUCGGGGAGCUCCGUCUGCUGCAGGACAUUUCAGAGAGGAUGGAAACCCAGAAGCUCCAGCAGUCUGCAGUUCUGCCUUCGGGACAGUGCGUCAUCCACACCGAGGGCUUUGUCCCCGUUCGACAGGAGGAUGGGCACAAUUUCAGCGCGGUUAAUAUCCUCAGAGGGAAAACCAACUCAGCCAACCUGACAGAGAAGUCGCCUCUGCUGAGGUUCGCUCAAGACGACAGUAUGACCUACAUGUCCCUACACAACCCCGGCUUUGUCGGAGAGGAAGAGCUCUGGGACAACGGCUCCCUGGACCAGGAGAAGAGAUAUCGACUGGGUAGCGAAGUCACCAGCCUGUCCCUGUCCCGCUCCAGCUCCACAGAGAAGAGCGAAUCUCGCGACAACAUAAACUUCAGACUCACAAGUAGUAUGAAAUGCUGCUUCACAGUCUCCAAAAUUGCCACCAUGUUCACCAUUGUUGUUCUUUGCAGUCUGUUCUUUAGCAUGUAUCCAGACCGAGACAACCCCUGGAGGAUGUUGGCCGUCUCCUCCACAGACAGUUUCUCAAUGAACCUGACAGAUUUCAGGGACAACGCUUUGCUGAAGCUCCAGGUGGGGGGGCCUUUCACAGGAGGGAUGGUCGACAUCACCAGCCAAGAGUACAUCCUGAUCCAGGUGGAGCAGACAGAGCAGCCGGGACAACGAAGGAGGAGAGCUCAGCAGGUGAUUUACAACUGGACCAUCCCGGUGCACAGUGAACGAAGUGACCAGAUGCUGGUGACCAAAACUUUUGAGAUGCUCAGCAGUGAACCCAUCAUCAUCACGAUUCAGUCCUUCCUGCGGGACAAUGAGGUGGUGCCCCUGUCCAUGACCCACCAGUCCCUCUACGUCAAUGCGGAGACACAGGUGGCCAUCGCUGGAAUCAUCUUGACUGGGGUCUAUGUUCUCAUCAUCUUUGAGAUUGUGCACCGCACUCUGGCUGCCAUGUUGGGAUCUUUUGCUGCCUUGGCUGCUCUGGCUAUCAUCGGUGACCGACCCAGUCUGGUUACUGUGGUGGAGUGGAUCGAUUAUGAGACCCUGUCUCUUCUGUUUGGCAUGAUGGUACUGGUGGCCAUUUUUUCAGACACGGGCUUCUUUGAUUAUUGUGCUGUGAAGGCUUACCAGUUAUCCAGAGGAAGAGUGUGGCCUAUGAUCAUCAUCCUCUGUCUCAUUGCUGCCAUUCUCUCUGCUUUUCUGGACAAUGUGACCACUAUGAUGCUUUUCACCCCUGUCACCAUAAGGUUGUGUGAGGUGCUUAAUCUAGACCCCAGACAUGUCCUGAUUGCAGAAGUAAUCUUCACCAACAUUGGAGGGGCCGCCACAGCUGUCGGAGAUCCACCAAAUGUGAUUAUUGUAUCAAAUCAGGACCUGCGCAAAGAGGGGAUUGAUUUUGCCAGUUUCACAGGCUACAUGUCCCUAGGGAUAGUCCUCGUCCUUUUCUCCUCGUUUCCUAUCCUGCGGAUGCUCUACUGGAACAAAAAACUUUACAACAAAGAGUCAAUUGAAAUUGUUGAGCUCAAGCAUGAGAUCCUGGUUUGGAGGCAGACGGCUCAGCGCAUUAACCCUGCCAGCCGAGAGGAAACAGCUGUGAAAUGCCUCCUGAUGCAAAAAGUCCUUAACCUGGAAAAUCUUCACCGCAAAAUGAUGAAAACCUUCCAAAAACAAAUUUCUCAGGAGGAUAAGAACUGGGAGCAAAACAUUCAGGAAUUGCAAAAGAAGCACAGAAUAACUGACACACUUCUCCUGGUGAAGUGCGUGUCCGUCCUUGGCGUGGUGAUCUUCAUGUUCUUUAUCAACUCCUUUGUUCCCAGCAUUCAUCUAGAGCUGGGUUGGAUUGCUAUCCUGGGCUCACUGUGGCUUUUGGUUCUGGCUGACAUCCAGGAUUUUGAGAUCAUCUUGCACCGGGUGGAGUGGGCCACACUACUCUUUUUUGCCGGCCUCUUUGUUUUGAUGGAGGCUUUAGCCCAGCUACAGCUUAUCGACUAUAUUGGAGAACAGACAGCGCUGCUUAUAAAAGCGGUGCCAGAAGAUCAGCGCUUGGCCAUAGCCAUUAUCCUGGUGAUGUGGAUCUCGGCUCUGGCUUCUUCUCUCAUUGACAACAUUCCCUUCACUGCCACCAUGAUUCCAGUUCUCAUCAACUUGAGUCAGGAUGCAGAUGUGAACCUACCAGUAAAACCUCUCAUCUAUGCUUUGGCAAUGGGAGCCUGUCUCGGGGGAAAUGGAACAUUAAUAGGAGCAUCAGCCAACGUUGUGUGCGCAGGAAUUGCUGAGCAGCAUGGCUACGGCUUCUCUUUUAUGGAGUUCUUCAGGUUAGGAUUCCCCAUGAUGAUAAUGACAUGUAUGAUUGGCAUGUGCUACCUGCUGGCUACCAUCGUCGGAUUUGGAUGGAACAUGUAA